CAAUAUGUCUGGAAUAUUGUAGAAGUCUCUGACUGUUCCGUAUCUAAAAUGAAGCAAAGAAGAGGCUAGAAUACACUCGAGUUUCUCAGAUUCAUCGACUAUAAAUACCACCGUACUUUCUUUAGUUUGUCCAUCACCAAGCAAUCAAGCAAAUUAAGCACCACAAUCUAAGAUCCUCUGUUUUCUUCAAACAACAAAUGUCUCUGAUUCCAAGCUUCUUUGGUGGUCGGAGAAGCAAUAUCUUCGGCCCAUUUUCCCUUGACCUAUGGGAUCCCUUCGAGGGCUUCCCAAUUGCCAACACCCCAUCCUCUGCUCGUGAAAUCUCUGCUUUUGCAAAUGCAAAAAUUGAUUGGAAAGAGACCCCACAAGCUCACGUCUUCAAAGUGGAUGUUCCGGGGAUCAAGAAAGAGGAGGUUAAAGUUGAAGUAGAAGAAGGAAGGAUUUUACAGAUCAGCGGUGAGAGAAGCAGAGAGAAAGAGGAGAAGAACGAUCAGUGGCACCGUAUGGAGAGGAGCAGCGGUAAGUUCAAAAGGAGAUUCAGGUUGCCGGAGAAUGCAAAAACAGGGGAAAUAAAGGCAGAGAUGGAGAAUGGAGUGCUGACAGUGACUGUUCCAAAAGAAGAAGAGAAGAAGAAAUCUGAGGUGAAGGCAAUUGACAUCUCUGGUUAAACAAGUGUUUGAUGAAAUUUCCUUUCUCAAUAAUAUGUGUUUCUCAAGUACUUUUGGUUUGUUGGAGAUUAAGAUCUUAAUUUUAAUUUAUGUAUAAUUGUGGUCUUCUUCUACUAGCAUUUGUAAACAAGACAAUGUCGCGAGUGUUUAAUUAAUGAAAAAUUUCUUUUUGUUGUAAA